AUGGCUAAGACUAAAGUCACUGCCCCUCAAAACACCAAAAUCGAGUCCAAGGCUGAUAUCAAAAAGAAGAUUCAAAUCCUUGGAGAUGAAUACGCCACAGCCAUCAAGGACCAUCAGAAAGCGUCGAACGAUGUAAGAAGAAUCCAAAGUCAACAGAAGGAAUCCGAGAAGAGGAUUCAGAGAUUAAAGGCUCUUCAUCAGAUGCACCAGAAGCCGAAGAUUCAGAAGCCAAAGCCAGCAUUCCAAAAAAAGAUUCAGGAGAAGGAAGAGGCACACAAGAAGAUUCAGAAGCAAUUGAAGAAGGCGUUGAAGGUCGAGGAAUCAGCGAAAGACGCGAUGGAAGAGGCUGAAGCGUCUUGGAAGUUCGAGGCCAUGUGUUCCGGAGAAGCUUAUCAAGAGAAUGGCCAGUGGAAGUGGCGGGAGUGA